AUGAACGGGAUUACGGCUCUGUACCCACUCACAGAGAAAGGUGCACGCAAACCGAAGUGUGCCCGAUGUAGAAAUCAUGGGAUGGUCUCCUGGCUCAAGGGGCACAAACGGCACUGCACGUUCAAGGACUGCACCUGUCCCAAAUGUAAUCUCAUAGCGGAACGACAGAGAGUUAUGGCUGCCCAGGUGGCGCUAAAGCGACAACAGGCUGCGGAAGAUGCCAUUGCCCUUGGGAUCCGCGCAUGCGUCUCAGAAACCGGAAUUCCUGUUAUGACGCAAGGCCCUUUAUGGGGACCUGGUACAGUUACCGCCCCUCUCACUCCAUCGGAGAAAUAUAUUCGACAUGACAGCCAUCGAGAUGAUGACGACAGUUGUGAUUCACAAACCGAGCUUGAAGUGGAUAGCUGCUCCGACAACGAGGGAGAAUCAUCUGGCUCACCGGUUGCUCUAGGCAACGACCCGUCCCUCGCGGCAGACAAACAAAGUUCGGUACAAAUAACAGCUUCUGAAACAUCAACAACGAACGCCAAACUGUCAUCGUCCCAUUCACAUUACCGCCACAGCCACAAUCAACACCACAAGGUGGACAACUCCAACACAGGAUAUCAACAGCCAACAGCUUUCAGGCCCGGGAGACUGACUCCUCUAGAGAUCCUGGAGAGAGUCUUCCCCCUUCAGAGAAAAUCAGUUUUGGAGUUGGUUCUUCAGGGAUGUAACGGGGACCUUGUCAAAGCCAUUGAACAUUUUCUAUCCGCCCAGGAUACAGUAGCGGCGCAACAUCAAGCUGUACUGCAAGCAGGCCAGAAACAAGAGGCUCGGUCCAUGCCCUUCAUCAGCGGCUUUCCCUCAAACUCGAACGUGUUUGGGCAUUCAGCAAACAACACCAGCGUCCAGAAUGGUCUUAGUGGUGGUCGUGGUGGACAUUCUCAUAACGGAUUAAGAGUAACUGGACAUCGUCCACAUCAUCACAAUCCCCCUACUGCCCAUGGCGGAGCGGUAGCGUCCAGUAAAUAUAACUAUGGUAAUGUGAAGUCAGCGUUCACACCCCUCCCUGUAGGCUCGUCUGCAGGACUUCACUCAGCGUUUACCAGCCAGCUUUCCCAGUUCCACCCCGCUGCAGCAGCAGAGGCGGCUCUUCGGAAUACCUUCUUCCCCCAAGGCCACGUCCACGCGGAGAUCCUUCCUCAAGCUCCUCAUUUCGCUUAUGCCAGUUUAGGGAUGGGGCUAGGAAUCAGCAGCCUACCCACCUCACCGUACCCAGGAGUGUUUGCUUCUCCAUUCUCGUUUCACCCCUACAGAUUCAACAUGCAAGGCUCAGCGUCCCCGUGUACUCACACUCCGGACAAAAACAGUGACAAAUCGGCCCUUACGGACUCUGAUCACAUCUCAGACUCAUGGGAUGAAGGCAAUUCGCCCAGAGAGAGCAAAACUUUAGAAUGA